AUGGGCGCUCUAGACGUCGCCUCAAAAACCUACCUUCACCCUCGUUAUCAACGACUGUUCUUUGGCUCGCUCCUGGUCUUACUGUCGAUAUCUUCUCUCUUUUACCUCAACCGCUCCAGGAUUUCGCAGUCCGUUAGCAAUGCCGUGCACAAAUCCAAGGUAUCCUACGUGCUACCAGACGCCAUCCCACUCAAACCCUCCUUGAGAGACAUCAUACAGGCCCUUUACGCUCCGACUCUACAGCCAAUCACCGCUCCCACCUUCACUGACCCCGUCGACGGCGAGGUAUUCCAUAUUCCGCAACACCCAAUCUGGACAAAAUCUCUCGGCAAGCGGCUAUGCCUCGUCGACAUCGAUAACCGGCCCUUUGAUGGCGAGAAUGAGCUUAUGGGGAAAGUACCUACGCCAUUCGACUGGACAACUUUCUCCAACACACCCUCUGGAAUGCUUGGCCACUACUUCUACGCCAUGAUCCAUGGCUACGACUACAAAUUCAUUCGCACUACCGACUACCCCGACCGCGCUCCCUACUGGACCAAAAUUCCCGCCCUCGCCGACCAUCUGCACGACUACGACUUUGUCGUCUCCAUAGACGCCGAUGCCCAGAUCCGCUUCCCCCAGCUCCCUUUCGAGUGGCUCCUCAACCGAUGGAACGUGACCAAAGAGACCUCCAUGACCAUGGCUCUCGACCCCGAUGAUCCACCAAACCACGACGUUCACGGUCGCCUACACGACAACGCCGGCUUCAUCGUCGCUCAGAACCUCCCGCGCACUCACGACCUCCUCAAGACCUGGGCCGCGUGCCCCGACGAGCCCUCUCCCGAAUUCGAGAACUGUGCUCGUUGGAAACAUCCCUGGCCCGCUGAGCAGGCCGCUUUUGCAGAAUACAUUCGCACCAUAUACAACGAACCAAACGAUCUGAAUGAGAUACCGUGCGACGAAGCGAAUGGCACGCCUGACUUCACUCCCAACGGCGAGUUUCAGCAUGGCUGCAAGGGGAAGUUUGUGCGCCAUCACACCCUGAGCAAGGAUGCUAUCAAAGAAACCAUCCAAAAUGGCCAUAUGGGCGUUAUCAUGGGGAGAAUGCACCAAGACUUCAACGAGCACAAGGAGACGAACACCUAUAUGAGGAAGACGAACAAUCUGACCAGGACGGACAGCGGUGAUGUCAUUGACUAG